GCUGCCACUCUAGGUGGCUGUCUCUAACAGAGUCUGCUUGUAGCCGCCUGUUCUACACCCUCCUUCAUGUGGGGGCCUCAGCAGUCUGCUGCCUCCUGCUAUCAAGGACGGUAGUAGAAAGGGUCUGGGGAAGUGAACGUGGGGUAAGUGAGAGGGGAUGGGGUUGCAAGGUGGGGAAAGACAAAAAGAAGCCCCAGAAAUGGACAAGAGGCUUGGACUGGGGACAUGUACAAAUGAAUAGACAUACCCACGAGAGGCAGGUGCCCCUCCGCAUGUCAGGGGCUACCCUUCUGUCUCACACACACACUCCCUCCAGAUCCAGAUGCCAGCAGGGCUGUGUGCCCACCUGCUUGGUCACUCGGACUGUCCUGUGCUCAGUGGCUCUGGUGCUGUGUACCGGGUAUGCGCAGGAACUGCCAUGUUCCACCUGCUGCAGGCUGUGGCACUGGUCCACCUCCACUCCCCCACCAGCCCACGGGCACAGCUGCAUAAUAGUUUCUGGCUCCUCAAACUGCUGUUCCUGCUGGGCCUCUGUUCUGUUGCCUUCUGCAUUCCUGAUGAGCACCUCUUCCCAGCCUGGCAUUACAUUGGCAUCUGUGGAGGCUUCACAUUCAUCCUACUACAGUUGGUGCUUAUCACAGCCUUUGCCCAUUCCUGGGACAAGAACUGGCAGACAGGUGCAGCCCAAGACUGCAGCUGGUUCCUAGCUGUGCUGCUGGCUACCUUCGGAUUCUACAGCUUGGCAGGAGUGGGAGCUGUGCUUCUGUUCCGGCACUACACACAUCCAGCUGGCUGCCUGCUCAACAAGAUGCUGCUUAGCCUGCACCUCUGCUUCUGUGGCCUGCUCUCCGUCCUCUCCAUCACUCCUUGCAUCCGCCUCAAACAACCCCGCUCUGGCCUUCUACAAGCCUCUAUCAUCAGCUGCUAUAUCAUUUAUCUGACCUUCUCUGCACUCUCUAGUCGUCCUCCAGACAGAGUAUUCCUUCAAGGAAAGAAUCACAGCCUGUGCCUGCCCGGCUUGAGGGAACUGGAACCCCAGACACCAGACACCUUGCUAGCAAUGCUGAGUGCUGGCUUCAUGUAUGCAUGUGUGCUUCUGGCUUGCAAUGAGGUUUCCUACCUGGCUGAAGUAUUUGGGCCCUUGUGGAUUAUCAAGGUUUAUUGCCACGAAUUCCAGAAGCCCUCACUCUGCUUCUGCUGCCCUCCAACCGUGGAGCCAGAGGAUGGGCAGAGGGCCGGGACUGCCAAGCAAGAUGAUGCUGAAACACCUCAGGCUCCUCCAGUGCAAGGCCAGCAUCUUUCCUACAGCUACUCUGCCUUUCAUUUUGUCUUCUUCCUUGCCUCACUAUACGUCAUGGUGACUCUUACCAAUUGGUUCAGCUAUGAAGGAGCAGAACUGGAAGAGACCUUCACCAAGGGUAGCUGGGCUACCUUCUGGGUUAAAGUGGCCUCCUGCUGGGCCUGUGUACUCCUGUCUGUAGGACUGUUACUGGCACCGCUCUGCUGGUCUCCCACCCCGGAUUCCCAGCCGCCUCCUGUCUUCAGGCAACACUGCCAUCGGAUCAGUGUCACCAGAUAA